AUGACUUACGACGCCGGUCACUGCUCAAUCCCUAAUGCAUGUCGCUGCAAAGAUGGAUGCUGCGAGAUGCCCGGAGUGCCAAAGGGGUGGUGGCCGUGUAACGCGAGCUUCCGUUGGUUUAAGGCUGGCGCUUCGGUGGACACGGUUUUCGACUGGGCGUGUUCUAAUACUCUAAAAUUAAGAAUAGGUGAUGAUGAUAGGAUCGUCAUUAAAGGUGCUUUUGUUUUUCUUUUCAGGUUGUUAGCCCUAGCGGCCCUGUCCGGCUCGUGCCUGGCGGCGGUGGACAUGGUGAUGCUUUGGGGGGCGUCAGGCACGUCCAAGAUCACGUCCUCGACCCUGGCGUGGGUCACGGGCGCCGACAAGAUCCCCGAGGAGGCAGUGCCCGUCGACCCGUCCAGCCCCGACGGCCCCCAUUGGUGUAGGGCGAGGCACCGCGCCCUCCAGGUCCCGGGGGUGCUGAGGGACGACGGCGUGUGCACCAUCCCCUUCCUGAAGCGGAUCUUCAAGCUGGACAAGUACGACGUCCUCGUCUCGAUUAAUGGCUCCGCCCGACUCCAUCUGAAGCCGUGGGACAAGUACACCGCCAAGCCCGAUAACGCCGUGCUGUCCCCUGACCUGAUGCUGGCCUUCGACACCUCCCCCGACGCCCCUCUAAUGCCCGGGCACGUGGGGCCCGGCCGCAGGGACCGGCGGGCCUUCCUUCUGGACGGGGACAGCAUCCGCAGGGUGGAGAAGGCGUACAUCCUGGUCGAGGAGGAGCCGGCCAGGUAUUCGCUCAACGACAUCGUCCUCGACGCUUCCCACCAGACCAUCAACGACAGCCGGGUCCACCUGAAGAAGGUCACGCUCGAAAACACGGGGGAGGAGGCCGUGAACGCGUCGCGCCUGGUGACCAUCGACGUCCGGGAGAGGCAGUACUGGGGCCGCGUGAAGGGCACGGUCACGGCGCUGUCGUCCACCGUGACCUCCCCCGAGGACGCCCCCAUCGCCAUGCCCUCGCCCAACGCGCCCGUCGAGCUCAUGUGGGGCAUUGACAACCAGCUGGGCCGAGUCGAUACCCAGAUGCUGGUCCACGAACUCCCUGCCGGCGUUGGCGUCGAAGUCGACUUGGAAGGCACGAUGAGGCACUACGAGGCGCCCUACAGUGGCACUCUCACCGCCUUCUACGCCGACGGGAGCAGCCACAAGCGAGGCAUCGUCUCCCUGCACACCCACGAGGCGCUGGUGGGCGUCACGGCCAACUACAGACGCUACUACUACAUCCACAACGGCACCGACAUCGACCUCCCCGAAUCCGCCGAUCUGUUGUACGAACUGACCACCACGACCACGACCACCACCACAACGACCACCACGACCACCACCACAACGACCACAACCACUACCACCACCACCACGCCGCCUCCCACGACCACCACCCCGGAGCCGACCACAGAGCCUCCCACAGAGCCGCCCACAGAAGCCGUGAUCCUGCAGGAGACGGCGUGGCACCCGGAGUCCAAGUCGCUCUCCAAGGACACCGACUCGGAGGCGCGCCGAACCCAGCCGGUACUCGAAGUCGACGACAACAACCAGGCCGUGACAGCGAGGCCGGCUGACAGGGUACUCUCGGCCGUCGCGUCGAUCGUCACAACGCUCAUUCUCAGAUACUACUCGACUUUCCCCGUCAUGUGAGCGGCGGUUCUUCGCUCGCCUCGCUGCCUUGUACAUUUGUAGGUUUAAGGAAAAAAAAAGAAAUCCACCUUAAACAAUAAGAAAGAAUGAAAACAAAACAAAAAAAAGAGAAAAAAACAAGUAUAUUACCCUGUAUAUUUUUCGAUACAGUAAUAAUUUUAUUAAGAGAGUUUAUAUAUAUAUUAUUUGUUAUGUGAGAAUAUGUAGAAUAUUAAUGACUUAAAAAGAAAUGUUAAUAUCUUUAUAUAUAAUUUCUGCUUGGAGUGAACCCCCCUUUCCCCCACACCCAUGCUUCAAGCUUUAUUGCGUCGCCCGAGAGAGACCAGGUGUCAGAGUGUCGCAUAAUCAGGUGUCAAUGUGUCACACGAUCACCCGGAGGAGACAAAGUGUCACACGACCUUUAAAGGAGGCCAAGGGUGGUGCCAUACACCCCCUCCCCCACCCCCGAACGGAUCCGGAAAGUGCCAUCGACAGCGGAAGUGAAACGGCCUGCUCGCGGACACCGUGAACUUCUUUCUGAACGUCCAUUAGGCCUAUAUGUUGCGAAAAGCGUCUUCCUCCCGUGAUUGUGACCGUGCGUAAUCAUCGGCGACGAAAAAAUAUCGUAAACAUUACUUCCUAAGAUUUAUAGGCUAAAGGUACCUGUUAUGUUGGAAGAGGGGGACGCGACCAAUUACAGCCCUUAUGUCUAGGGGUCGGUAAGGUCCAUAUUUCCUUAGCCGCACACCAGGGGACGGAUCGUAGGCGGGGGUAUGGCGGUUGGAUAACAAGAAAGCUUCUUGAUUUUUGUCGACUGAUAAUUGGCCGGUUCUUGAGCGCCUCGAUCUAGUGCCUUUCAAAGCUCGGAGUUUGGAUGGUUAUUUUCCUUUUCUUCUCCUUCAUCUCCUCCUCCUCCUCGUCCUCCUCCUCCUGCUUCUCCUCCUCCUCCUCCUCCUCCUGCUCUUCCUCCUCCUUCUCCUCCUCCUCCUCCUCCUCC